AUGUCUACCACUCUGGCCCAAGCAUGGAAGGAAUACUCACUGUCCGAUUCUCGGUACCUCACCUCCGACAACUUUUUGGUGUGUAUGAAGACCGUUACUGCAAUCCUCUGGGGCCCUCUCUCAUUUGUCUGCGCGUGGUGCAUCGUUAAUGAUCAUCCCCUCCGCCAUCCACUCCAAUCCAUCAUCAGCUUGGGUCAGAUAUACGGCGACAUCCUUUACCUUGGGACAAGUACCCUCGAGUUCGUCCGCAAUGGAGUCGAGUACUCGCGACCAGAAGCCUACUACUUCUGGGGAUACUACGUGUUUCUCAAUGUCAUUUCGAUCAUCUACCCAUGUUACCUGCUGAUUCAGAGUACACAAGAGACCGUGGCGGCUUUUGCGGCGGUCAAGAGCUUCGGAAAAAAGAGGUGA